UAUAAAAAAAUUAUCUCAAUUUUGUUAUCAAAUUAGAAGAUUUUGGUUUUUAUUUCAAAGUAUCCUAAUUUUAUUAAUUUUUCUGUCGUAAAUAUCUAAAAUAAAUUAGUCAAGAUGGUCGAGAUGACACCUAAGGACCACCCGAGUUUCAAACUCGAUCCCGAUUACUCGUGGGAUAAAAUACCGAAAAACAGCUUCGAUGUACCUCAUCAGAAAAUGCAGGUACCCGAUUGGAGGAUUUAUAAAGUAGAAGGUAUCAAAGAACUGGAAUACGUUAGAGAUACAUUGGCUUCCAAAGGACUGAAAGAUCCCUGGCUCAGGAACGAAGUAUGGCGUUAUCCACCAUUUUGGGACCGAAACAUUAUGAACACGUAUAGUAAAUACUUUUGGGGUAUAGAUAAGAAAGGCGUGAAAUACGGAUUCGCCAUUGCUACGGUUAUCUGCAGUUUGCAAUACCUGUAUUAUAAGAAUAAGUACGGAGAUUAUCCACCUCAUGUUACUACAAUGUAUCGAUGCCUUUUCGGUGGUGGUGGGUCGCAUCAUUAAAAAAUAGUAACCUUAUCAUCGAGCCAAAGUAUCCGGAUUCUGUAUGUGUUUGAAUAGUACGUUUUUUCCACCCUUUAUGUAGUUCAGAUUCGAUAUUCAGAACGCAAUUUGUAAAAUAUGCGCUAAUUUCGUAAAUAUGUAUCGCAAUAAAUAUUAUGUUUUGUUGAAUAA